GUGACCGUAUCUUCGGUCGGUCGAGGCGGCGACAUGCCACAAGUCCACGUCUUGGGCGAGAUCGUCGGCGGCGCGCAGUACGAUCGCCAGAGCUUGUACUGCAUAUGGCGGCUCGUCAAGGAUGACCAUUACUGGAGCGUCGUCCGUGGUGAGGACAAGGGCCAGACUCAGCUGGCGAGCACGGAGGCGGCACAGCUUGGCGCGUGCGGCGUCGAGAUGCUAUGGGCGCACCCGAUCGACAUUCAUCUGGCGACAUCGUCGAUCGCGGGCUGGCCACAGAUUGCUGUCGAAGUCUGGCACAUUGAUGCGCACGACCGCAAGGAGCUAUGCGGCUAUGGCACAUGCCGCGUGCCCACGACGACGGGCUGCAUCACGGUCGAAUGUCCGACGUGGCGACCCAUCGGCAAUGCGAGCUCCAUCACCGAUCGUCUUUGCACCAUGUUCUUUGGCGCACCCCGCCUCGUGGACCCAUCGAUCGUGCACAUGGGUGGCUCGAGUCGCUACGAUCUCUGCACCGAGACGACAGGCUACGUUGUGAUCGAAUUCCAGGUGCUUCUGAGCGGCUGGACGAGGCAGACAACGUUUGGAGCUUUCUCAACCACGUAACUUUAAUCGCUCA